UCUAUCAAGCAUUUAUACAGUAUUCUGUCUGCAUGUAUGCCUGCAGGCCAGAAGAGGGUAUCAGGCCUCAUUACAGAUGGUUGUGAGCCACCAUGUGGUUGCUGGGAAUUGAACUCAGGACCUUUGGAAGAGCAGGCAAUGCUCUUAACCACUGAGCCAUCUCUCCAGACCUCUGCCACGAUCUUGUAUAGCCCAGGGUGGCCUUGAACUCGGAGAUUUAUCCAAAUCCUGGGAUUAAGGGUGUGUGUCACCAUUGCAUAACCUCUAGUAGCUUUAGCUAGCUUUGCUUCUGUUCUUCUGGCAAGAUUUAUUUAUUAAAAUACAAAUAAUAUGCCACUACAACACAGAUUCUGUCUCAAAAAGAAAAAAAGAAACAAGAUUUGAAGAGCUGGCUCAGCAGUUGAGAGCACUCACCCACUGCUCUUGAAGGGCUCAAGUCCAGUUCCCAGGAGCCACAUCUGGUGGCCCACAUCAGCCUGUGACACCAGUUUUAGCUCCUUCAAUGCCCUCUUCUGGACUCCAUGGCCACCACACUAGUGUGUACAUACCCACCACACACAUACCUGCAAUUUAAAAUAAAGGACCCUGUCUCAACGAAACAAAAUUAGACUUUUGGAUAUUAUCUGUGCUGGUUCACACUUAUAACCUCAGCAUUUUAAAAGCUAAGGCAAGCUAAGGCAGAAGGAUUGCCACAAACCUGAGGCCAGCCCUGGCUACAUAGCAAGACCAAGACCCUGUCUUUAAAAAGUGGAGAGCAACAGAGGAAGAUACCAGCUUCCACGUGUGCACACACACUCACGUGGUGCUGGGGUGCCAUGCAGCCCUGUGAAGUUCCCAGUGGAGAACACUGCCCAGCACUCCUCAUAUCCUCACCCAACAGCGCUGGAGUGGGUUGUCACCAAAACUUCCUAAAAGUAAGAAAGCUUAAGCAAUAGUCUCAGCACUGCACAGCUGGUGGCUGGCGGAGCAGGGACUUGGCCAGAAGGAGUGUGAACCUAUUAGGAGGUAGAUAUAGGAGGAUCUACUUUCCAGAUGUGGAAAGCGUUGAGAAAAGGAGAGUUGCCCAUUUCCCAAGUAAGUCUCUGGGAGAGCCUUUCCCCCACCCCCACUCCGUGUUUCUGGGCCAGAAGCCUGGAGGGGUGUGCAUGCUUGAGUGUGGGUUCCCAUGAAUAAUUGAGGGUCCUGGAGCGCCCCACAGCUGUCCCCUCUCCCUGAGCCAGGGAGGGGGUGGUGGUGGUGACAUCAUUUUCUCCCCGGCUGGGGCCACUUCACCAGGGUUAUAAGGCUCUGGCACAGGCUGGCUGCUCAGCGGAGAGGUCCAGGGUCCGGACUCCCCACCAUGCCGCGCCGUGCACCCACCUCCGCAGCGCUGCUGCUGCUGCCCCCGCUGUUGGCACUGCUGCUGGGGACUGCCUCCUCGGUUCCCCUGGCGCCCAGACCAUCCAAGGAGGAGCUAACCCGCUGUCUAGCAGAGGUGGUCAUGGAGGUGCUGACACUGGGCCAGGCCCAGAGAGGCCUCUGCACAGCUCUGCUCCACAAAGAGAUAUUCGAGACAGAGCCCCAUGGCUGUGUGUCCCUUGAGGAGAAGAGGUUACUGGGUGGGGACUUCAACAAGCAGGAGACUGGAAAGAUGAGGUCCAGCCAGGAGAUAAGGGACAAGGAAGAGGAGGAAGCAGCAGAGAGGACCCACAAGUCUGAGGUGCGAGAACAGGCCAUCCAUACACAGCUCCACAGCCAGCUUCACCGGGAAGAGGAGAAGGAGGAGGAAGAGAAGAGGCAGCCACAGACGACCUUCGAGCAUAUGUGGGAGCAUCUAGAGGGUGCUAGGGGCCCCCAGAAGCGGGUGGCUGAGAAGGCCAGCGAUGAGGAGACGGCCCGGUUUCAGGCAGAGGAGAAGGGCAUGCACCUGCUGGGUGGAGGCCACAGCCUGUGGCAGGGGAGAGAGAUGGCGGGGGGAGAAGAGUCCUCGAGCCAUCGUCACCACCUGGAGCAGCCGGGCACCAAGGCCAAGCAGGAGGAAGAGGCAGAGCAGGAGGCAGCCUCAGAGCAGGAGGAAGACGAUGUGGAGCAGCUAGAGCGCAUGAAGGAGCAGCUAAAGAAGGCCACCACCAUGCUGGGAGAGGCACUUGGGAGGGAAGGCUGACCCCCAUCCACUCCCCUCCUUUCCUGUACACCCUAAGGCUCAGGACUGUUGACCUCAGAGCCCCCAUCCCACCAACUGGCAGGGGCUGGGAAGCAAGGGUGUGCCUGAGAACCAAGCCUGAGAGAAGUCUGAGUGGGGCGAGGGCUUGUUCAGACUCGGGACCCCACCCCACCCCUCCAUCCCUGAGUGAA